AUAUCUAAGAGUGAUAAAGAAAACAAUUAGACAACGUCAAGUAUUGUGGCCAAGGCUAGCACUGACUAGCAGACUAGCUGUACUGCAGAAGAACGUUUGUCAAGCUCAAUCAUUUCAAAUUCAGAAAGGCAGCACAUGCUACCUGUUAGGGAUCCUAGUACCCAUUGUCGCUGAUGAUGGACCACGUUCGGCGGAGAAAUACUUUAGAUUUGAAAGGAGAUGAAUAUGUGAAUAAAUUUGAUAAUGAUUGUAACAAAGAUUUUGGUGACUCGCCAGCCAAAUACAAAGGAUUAACAUUGUGGAAUUGUUUGCUUGUUGUAGUGUUUCAUUUGGCUGCCGUCGUUUUGGCCAUCGUCGCCCAUCAUUACGUCCCAGAGACCAAUAUAAACUCAAACAGAGCAGAUUUCGCCGAAUGGAGAGCUCGUAAACACCUUGAGGAAAUCACUUCUUACGGCGUUCGCCCAACCGGUAGCUUUGCCAACGAACACAGAACGGUAGAAUAUCUUUUGAACACACUGCGGUCCUUUCUAGAUUCGAAGCGGGAAGAUGUUGUACUGGACAUUGAUCUGCAGCGACCUUCAGGACAUUUUACUAUUGACUUCCUUGAAGGUUUUACGAGUUAUUAUAGAAAUGUUUCCAACGUAGUUGCAAGAGUCGGGUCACGAGGAAGUCAUCAUACAACACAUAGCAUUUUAAUCAAUGCACAUUUUGACUCAAGUUUUGGUAGUCCAAGUGCAAGUGAUGAUGCUGUCAGUUGUGCAACUAUGCUUGAGGUCAUUCGCUGCUUGACAGAGUCAAAUGCACAUGUUGAGCUUAAUCAUAGCCUGGUUUUCCUAUUUAAUGGUGCUGAAGAGAAUUUUCUUCAGGCCAGCCACGGUUUCAUUACGCAACAUCCAUGGGCAAAAGACAUCAGAGUGUUUGUGAACCUUGAGGCUGCCGGAGCAGGUGGUCGAGAGUUGGUGUUCCAAACGGGGCCAGAACAUCCUUGGCUUAUCAAGACAUAUGCAAACUCAUCAAACUAUCCAUUUGCUUCAAUUCUGGGUCAAGAAAUCUUUCAAACUGGACUGAUUCCCGCCGAUACUGAUUUCAGGAUAUUUCGCGACUUUGGCAAUAUCCCAGGCAUAGAUAUUGCAUAUAUUUCUAAUGGCUACGUUUAUCACACGGCCCGAGACCUUCCUCAGUUCAUCAAUCCAGGCAGCAUACAGCGGGCAGGCGAGAAUCUUCUGGGGAUGUUAGUGCAGCUUACUCAAUCUCCUCUGGUGAAUGAUCCAAGUGAUGAUCAGCACGGUGCCAUGGUGUUUUACGACGUUCUUGGUUUGUAUUUGGUUCAUUAUCCACAAAAAAUCGGAUGGAUAUUAAAUACUAUUGUUGCUGCAAUAGCGUUCGUUUGUAUUGUCCUCAAAUUCUCGAAAAGAACGCGGUUCCAGCAGGCAGUAUUAUACAGCAAGGCAUGUUUGAAUAUGACGUCAUUCAUCAAAGCAUUGUUUUGCAUCAUACUUUCUUGGGUACUAUCCCUGUUUUUUGUGUUCCUUCUUGCUAAAGUAAUCACGGCUUGUGGUCAAUCGUUAUCGUGGUACUGUAAACCUUUUAUACUCAUUGGUCUGUAUGCUCUGCCUGGAAUGCUUGUCAUGUGUGCAGUUCAUUACUGGCAAGCAACGCAAUUUAAGAGUACAAACAGUUGGGAAGCCCGAUGGAACCAGGAAGCGCAUGUGUUUUAUGCGACGUUAUUUCUAUGGAAUACCCUCCUGUCAAUUUUCAACUACCAUGAUUUUGGCUCCGCUUAUCUUUUCAUGCUCAUGGUCGCCUUUCCAUUACUCGGGCGCGUGCUUGUUUGGGAGUUGUUUAUCAACAGCCAAAACCGCUGGCCAAGUUGUCCCAGCAAUCCUGGCAGUUUCGUCCUCAUGUAUUUGCUAUCGACGGCCAUACCGCUUGUACUUUGGACCUACAUGUUGUGGAUUCAUUUGGAAUUUCUCGUGCCCAUCUUUGGGCGAAGUGGUGGUAAUGAUCCUCCCGAUGUGAUCACGGCCAUUUUUGUUGCUAUCUUCGUGCUGGUCACUCUUUCCUAUUCGAUCAGUCUUGUUCACGUGAUCAGCAGUGUGAGGUAUCUUGUAGUGCCAUUGAUUGUAGUGUGGUUGGUAACCACUAUUCUUGUGCUAACCGGAACUGUGUUUCCUUAUUCAAGAAAGCCAUGGUGUCCAAAACGCAUCGUGUUUCAGCACAUAUCACGAACUUUCCACGAUCGGUAUGGUAAGGUCGUUCAAAAAGAUGCGGGCUUGUGGGUGGCGCCGUUCGAUUAUCUUGGUAUAAAAUACAUCGAUCAUCUGCCCGAAUUUAAGGAAGCGAAACGACCUGACAUGAAUAAGGGAAUGUUUGGCGACUUUCCCUAUUAUGUGCCCGUUGCCUUCAUGUUCGACAAAACUUGGUAUAUCCCAGGACCAGCACCGGUCGUCUCUACUCAGUCGAACCUGAAGUUACUGUCUAAAGAAAAAAUCCGAAAAGACGAUCUUGUAAAGUUGAAAUUUGAAAUAAAUGGUCCAUCGCAUAUGUCUUUGUACUUGUCACCUCGACAAAACGUUGAAUUUAUCGAUUCUUCCUUGGGAGCUCUUUAUCAAAGAUCCACGUUCCAAAAAACGGUUGACAAUGAAAGGAGCCAAUACUUCGUGUAUUAUUCACAUGGCGUCUACACUGGCCCUUGGUAUUUUUGGAUAAAACUCAAGCCCUACGGUGAUGUGGUCGACGUCGUCGACGUCGCAAUAUCCGGUCAUUACAGCCACGGCAAAGACUCAAGGACCCCGUUCCUAACUCAUUUCAUCGACAGACUACCUAAUUGGGUGAAUCCUACGCCGUGGGUGAGUACGUAUCAAAAAUGGACGUUCUGAAUACCUAAUGUCAUCGGAUUUCAAUCUUUUGUGGCGGAUGACAGGUAGAGUUAUGACUCAGAAUAAGGAAUAUACAGAAGGACCUCUACAUUCUUAUUACCGUAUGUGAUUACCAUAAUGGCAACCAGUCAAUUGCCUUAUUCGGUCAAUAGGAAUGAUGAAAGGUCUAACCACAGCUAGUAAUCUAAUGAAAUAUAGCUACAGCAGCAAGUUGCACAGCAAACUGCCUUUUUUUGCAUUCCUUAUUCUAUGGUUAUAAUGAGACUGUAGGGUACGUAUAUUAUUGAUAUUAUAUGCUACCAAUGAGAACAUUUAAUUUUAAACCCUUCAUCUCCUUGCGAAUGAUAUUGAGUAAAGUAAAUUUAAGUAAAUACAGUGGAACCCCUUUAAUGAAGUGGUCUUGUUGACGGGGUGAAAUGACAUUUCAAGCGUUAUGUAAUUAAAGCUUUAUCAGAAAUAUUAAAUAAUACAUGGAAUUAUUUCGGUAA